AUGAUUGGUGUCGGAGAUUCGUUGAUAUUUUUAGUUUUGAUAUUUGUGUCGUCAGCACCAGGCACACUUUCGACAUCGAUACCAACAGUUUGUCAAGGACUUUGCUUAGAUCCUAAUUAUGUCUGGGACAUUGCUACAUGUAGUUGCAUAUUCAAUCCUUCCGUACCGAAACCAUCGUGUUUUGAUAUUGAAUGUGAAGCUGGAUAUGAACCAAAAUGGUAUUUUGAUGAAUGUUCUUGUGUCAAAAUUAAUUGUCCACCAUGGAAAAUUUAUGAAGCAGAGAAAUGUAUUUGUAAAAUACCCGAGCCUGACUGUGAAGACGAUUCUGAGUGGGAUGAAGAAUUUUGUCAUUGCCUUCCAGUGAAGCCAUCAUGUGACUUAAUAUGUCAAGAACCUCAAAUGUUGGAUGAAUUUACAUGCACUUGUGUGGGAGCACCCCCUUGUGUUCUUCCUAUGCAAUGUUUACCUGGCUACAUUUUAGAUCCCAAAUGUAUGCCUUGUGCACCUUGUAAAUGCAUUGUGGAUCCGAAUUAUGUAACAGAAGCUCCAUGCAUAGUUGAAUGUCCAUUAAACUAUGAUUUGGAUGAAAUUAAUUGUGAAUGUAACUGCAUAAAGAAAACUUGCCCGAUGGAUUAUGUUUUCAACAUGGAUCUUUGUAAAUGCAAAGAAUUUUGCGAUAAAGAGUGCCCAAUCGGAUAUGAACUGGAUAUGAAAGGAUGUUCUUGUUAUGAUUGUCCAUGUGUUCCUGAAAAAAUAUAUCAACCAGGAUGUGAUCCAAGAGUAGUAAAAUGUGGUCUCGGUCAUAUAUUUGAUACAAUUUUAUGUCGAUGUGUCAAGGAAAUACAACCAUUAUGUGACGAUGGUUACAUUUAUGAUAAAGAUUCUUGUUCUUGCAUAUGCGCAAAGUGCUUUGAAUGUCCUAAGAAUUUUGUUUGGAAUGAAAACAUUUGUCAAUGUAUUUGUCCAAGAAAUCAAAAUUGUCCUAAAGAUUUUAUCUUAGAUUUAAAUACUUGUAAUUGCGUUUGUGACACUACUAAAAAAUGUCCUGAAGGAUUUGCGUUAAAUCCUGAAUCAUGCAAUUGUGGAUGUGUUCAAAACGAAAAAUGUAAGGAAGGAUACAUCUGGGACGAUUUAACAUGCAAGUGUACUCAUGAGGCAACACCAACUUGUGAUCCAGGAUUCAUUUAUGACCACGAACAAUGCAAAUGCGUUUGUGAAUUUGAAGUUGUUUGUAGACCUCCUAAAGUUUUUGAUGAUAAGAUCUCAUUACAAUCUGACAGUGAUUAUGAUGAUGAGCCUAUAUCAUGUUCAGGUACUUGUUCAGAUGGAUACUAUUUUGACUCAGUUCGGUGCGAUUGUAUUGCUAUGACAAACCCUUCUACGAUGCCAUCAAUCCCUUCAACACCACAUAUUUGCAUAGAAGUUCCUUGCCCUCGGGAUUUUAUUUGGAAUCAAAAUGAGUGUUCAUGUAUUUUGCGCCCACCAUGUACUAUCAGAUGCGCGACUGGGUACCAUCUUGAAUACGAUGAGGACGGAAGAUGUUUUUGUGUUCUGAAUGAAAAAUGUCCAGAUGGACAAAUAUAUGAUCGCAAUGAAAAGAAGUGUGUAUGUGAACACCCUCAAGAAUGUAGACCUGGAUAUUGUUGGGAUGAUGAACUCUGUCGGUGCAUUCCUGAUAUUGUAAUAGAUUGUCCAGAAGGACAAAUUUACGACCCAAUUCAAAAGAAGUGUGUAUGUGAACAUCCCCAAGAAUGCAAACCUGGAUAUUGUUGGGAUGAUGAACUCUGUCGGUGCAUUCCUGAUAUUGUAAUAGAUUGUCCAGAAGGACAAAUUUACGACCCAAUUCAAAAGAAGUGUGUAUGUGAACAUCCCCAAGAAUGCAAACCUGGAUAUUGCUGGGAUGAUGAGCUAUGUCGUUGCAUUCCUGAUAUUGUUAAAGAUUGCCCAGAAGGACAAAAUUACGACCCAAUUCAAAAGAAGUGUAUAUGUGAACAUCCCCAAGAAUGCAAACCUGGAUAUUGUUGGGAUGAUGAACUCUGUCGGUGCAUUCCUGAUAUUGUAAUAGAUUGUCCAGAAGGACAAAUUUACGACCCAAUUCAAAAGAAGUGUGUAUGUGAACAUCCCCAAGAAUGCAAACCUGGAUAUUGUUGGGAUGAUGAACUCUGUCGGUGCAUUCCUGAUAUUGUAAUAGAUUGUCCAGAAGGACAAGUUUACGACCCAAUUCAAAAAAAGUGUGUAUGUGAACAUCCCCAAGAAUGCAAACCUGGAUAUUGCUGGGAUGAUGAACUCUGUCGUUGCAUUCCUGAUAUUGUAAAAGAUUGCCCAGAAGGACAAAUUUACGACCCAAUUCAAAAGAAAUAUUGUCCAGAAGGACAAAUUUACGACCCAAUUGAAAAGAAGUGUGUAUGUGAACAUUUUCAAGAAUGUAGACCAGGAUAUUGUUGGGAUGAUGAACUCUGUCGGUGCAUUCCUGAUAUUGUUAAAGAUUGCCCAGAAGGACAAAUUUACGACCCAAUUCAAAAGAAAUGUGUAUGUGAAUAUCCCCAAGAAUGCAAACCUGGAUAUUGCUGGGAUGAUGAGCUAUGUCGGUGCAUUCCUGAUAUUACAACUUCACCAUCAUUACCACUUUGUGAUACUUAUCUCGAAUGUAGUCCUGGUUCAGUAUUCGAUGAGAUUCUAUGCGAGUGUUUAGUUAAACCAGAACCAUCAUGCCCACCUGGCUACAUACAUGAUGACGAAGCUUGCAGGUGUGUAUGUGAAAAUUACGUUGAAUGUCAAAAGAACUUUGUUUGGGAUGACAACACUUGCCAAUGUGUAUGCCCAGGUGGCGAAAUUUGUGAAGAUGGUUUUGUUUUCAGCAAAAAACAUUGCGAUUGUAUUUGCGAAGAAAAAAAAUGUGACUACGGAUAUGUUUUUGACGAGAAAAGAUGCAUUUGCGCAUGCAUUCAAGAAAUUCCUUGUGAAAAGGAUCAUAUUUGGGAUGAGUUGAUAUGCAAAUGUGUUCCUAAGCCACACCCAGAAUGUGAUCCUGGUUAUAUCUACGAUCAUACAAGAUGUGAAUGUGUAUGUGAAAAAGUAAUACCUUGCGAUACAAACCAUGUUUUUGACGAAAACGUUUGCAGUUGUGUUUGUCCCAGAAUUUCUCAAUGCAGCGAUGAAAACUGGAAUCAUGAAACGUGUACUUGCGAUCACAGUCACUCGUAA